AUGGCCGUGUCCUGGGGUGUCACUGUGAUGGUCAGUGUGGUCACUCAGUGCUCCAUGGCCGUGUCCUGGCGCAGCCUGGCCCUCACCACGCCGUCCAGCACGGCGUGCAGCCCCCGGCAGGCGGCCUGGGGUGUCACUGUGAUGGUCAGUGUGGUCACUCAGUGCUCCAUGGCCGUGUCCUGGCGCAGCCUGGCCCUCACUCAGUGCUCCAUGGCCGUGUCCUGGCGCAGCCUGGCCCUCACCACGCCGUCCAGCACGGCGUGCAGCCCCCGGCAGGCGGCCUGGGGUGUCACUGUGAUGGUCAGUGUGGUCACUCAGUGCUCCAUGGCCGUGUCCUGGGGUGUCACUGUGCACACAGGGACAGAGGUGACACACAGGGACACAGUUGGAUGGUCAGUGCUCCAUGGCCGUGUCCUGGCGCAGCCUGGCCCUCACCACGCCGUCCAGCACGGCGUGCAGCCCGCGGCAGGCGGCCUGGGCGGCGUCCAGCACCGGGGGCAGCCGCUCCUGGUGCAGCCGGGCACUCAGCUGGCACAGCGCCAGCUGCCCGCUGCCCGCCACCGUGGCCACCACCAGGCGCGGGCCCCCGGCCGCCUCCUCGGCCGCGCUCAGGUCGCUCAGGGCCACCGGGGGCCCGGCUGGGGACCGGCGCUGACCGGCGCUGGCCGGAGCUGCCGGUGCCGCUGCCGGUGCCGCUCCCGGAGCCGCUCCCGGUGCCGCUGCCGGUGCCGCUCCCGUCCCGCCAUGGCGGCGCCGCCCGGCCCCGGCGGGUUCCAGUUCGCCAUCGACCGCGGCGGGACCUUCACGGACGUGUUCGCCCGCUGCCCCGGCGGCCGCGUCCGCGUCCUCAAGCUGCUCUCCGAGGACCCCGCGUACCGCGACGCGCCCACCGAGGGCAUCCGCCGCGUGCUGCAGGAGGAGCUGGGGGUGCCGCUGCCCUGGGAGCAGCCCCUCGAUGCCUCGGGGAUCCAGUGGAUCCGCAUGGGCAGGGCU